AUGCCUGCAGACCAACAGCCCGAGACUCAUGGAAGUCAAAUCGAAUAUGUCCCCGUCCGUCUUGUCAAGGAUAUGGAGAGCUUUAAAACAGCAUUGAGGACACACUACGGUGAAGGAGUGACGCACCCUUACGAGAGCUCACAUAGAGGAGAGGCUGUACAUAUGGUUUUGGCACUGAAUGCGAGUACAGGACCAUCAAAUCUGGUAAAGACUCUGCAGGAUGAGGGUGUUCUCAAGAAAGACGGCGAAUGA